AUGUACGACGGCACAAACACCCAGACUACCAACGCCACUGUCUCCAAGUCUACGCCCGUGCUCGUCUGCAGCAGGCCCUGGCUCGCGGCACUCUUCGUGGCCACGAGCAUCAUGUGCCUGACUGCGGUCCUCGGCUUGGUGCUGGAGUUCACGCGCAAGACGCCGGAUCUCGCAGUUAACAUUUCGAGCUUGACGAGGGAUAACCCGUAUAUACACUUAUCACCUGGCGGCUCGACUCUCGACUCGGCUACGAGGGGGCGGCUGAUGCAGAAUGUGAGGAUUAGGUUUGGUGAUGUGAAGGCUGGCGAGCAGGUCGGCUAUUUUGCCAUGGCGUCUUGUGAGAAGGGGGCCGAGAAGGCGGUGGGCAGUGCGUCGCCGCCGGAGAUGAGGGCUGAGAAGUUGAAGGGUGGGAAAGAGAGGCUGUAUGCUUGA